UAUAUAUAUAUUUAUAUAUCUGGUAUAAGUAAAGAUAAAUUAUAUAAACAUGGUGAUGUGUAUGUUAAACGUCGGUUUCGUACUAACAUUGGAAUAUACAAUUUGAUACUUUUUACCACCUCUAACUUAUAUAAAGAUAUUAAUCAAAAAUUUUCGGGAAAAGAAAUCCUGGGUCUGGAGCUAAAGACUUUUUAUUUGCAUGGUGGGAUAAUAGAGAGUGACAAAACGACCAUAGCAACCAACUGAACAAACAUGACAAGAAGGACACUAUAUAGCUUAGUGUUCAUCGUAUUAUUACUUCAUGGACGUGUGUGUAUGGGGUCAAAUUGCUACUGUUUCAAUGCAGAUGAACUAGACACUGACGACAUACAUGAUGAAUCUGCCGAAAAAUGCUUGAGCUCUUCUUCCACGAGCAGUGAAGAUUACGUUUUCAUUUACAAGUUUAAUGUUACAGAAUCGUGUGUCGGUAAGUGUGGAAAAAAGCUAGACAAAAGCCUACCAUGCCAAUGUAACAAACCCUGUACAAAACACAAAGACUGUUGUGAAGACUAUGAUGCUUUCUGUUCAGAAUCUUGUGUCGAUAGAUGUGAGACAAAACCAGACCGAAGGCUCUCAUGCCAAUGUAACACAGACUGUAAACAUAACUGUUGUGAGGACUAUGAUACUUUCUGUUCAGAAGAGGAGAAUGGUAAAUGGAAUGUUCUUCGAUGUGAAGGGGGAGAAACUUCUGAAGACCUUUUGUUGGUUAAAUCGUCGUCAUUUAAAUGCCGUGACCUCGUAUCAUUUUAUUGUAGAAAUGGUUCUAGUCCACAGAAGACCAUAACAACAGUGAAAUCACUGGAAAGCAAUUUUACCACGCCAAUGAAACCCCGUCAGAUUACUCCGCCGAUAGGUUCUAGUCCACAGAAGAGCAUAACAACAGUUAAAUCACGGGAAAGCAAUUUUACCACGCCAUUGAAACCUGAUCAGAUUACUCCGCAGAUAGGCGUUAUAGUUGGUAUUGUAUCACCAAUCGUUGCUAUUGGAGUAGUAGUUUUUGUAGUGAUAGUCUGUCGUCGACGAAGAUCAGCAAGGAGAAAACCGGUUCACAAACAAGAUUCACAUGGGCAAAGUGAUACGGAAAAGAUUGAACAUUUGGGAAACAAAAAUGGCUAUGCCUACUGUGAAAUUGAAAUGGAGGCUACCAAUAAAAAAGAUCACAUGGAUAAUGGUGACAAUGAAUACACAACUGGGACAUCAGAUGUAUAUGAUCAUUUGAAUGAACAUAAGAACAGAAAAAUACAAACAGAGAACCCACAUGCUAUAUAUGAUCACGCUAUUGGAGACAAUGCUGAACCUGAUUACGACAGUACCAAACAUGUUGUACCGACAAAUCUGGAUUACCAAGAAGUCCGAAUUCGCAGUGAAGACGAAAGCUACAGAGAGAAGCUUUAACUUUCCGUUCAAACUGUUAUGCAUCAAGGUGGACUUUCAAUUCCGUUUCUUGCUUUUGAAGGUUUAGUUACUAUCCCAUGAAUCACAUUUUAAUGUAUGUAGUACAGAAAUAUUUAGAAAUUGUUUCAAUAUUUAGAAGUGCAUAGUGUCAAGUACUGGGGUAUCUUAUAUAAAACAAUCGUUAUUUUAUCAAGUAUAUGUACUCGGGAAUAGUUGUCAGACAGUGCUUAAUUAUUUUUUUUUUAUUUGUCUUUUUAUAUUUAUCAUUUGCAUUCAUAUAAACAAUGAUACAGAAACUGUUAACACAAUAAAUGUACAUAUUUUGCAA